CAGCAGCAGUAGUAGAGCCCAUUUACCUGUGUGUGUGUGCGUGCGUGUGUCUGUGUGUGUAUGUGUACGAUUGGUUAGUGCACCAGGAGCAGUACGUCGUCAGCUCAGCGGCACCUCGAUCAACCUAGCAACAAACCUAGCAUCGAGAUCUGGGAAUCUUGUGAGCUUCUCCGUGUUCGCGCGCGUGUGUGUGUGUGUGUUUGUGGUGGAGUAGGUAACAGUACACAGGACAGGUGUCACAGGAGCCCUCGCGGAAAAAUGAGCUUCGAGGCGGUUCCGGAACGGAUGGCCCCGGUCGAGUCGGGCUCGAUGGGCUGGGCCGUAUCGGUGACGGUCGCGACCGUCCUCACGCUCACCGCCCUCACGCUGUUCCACCUCUGGAUGCAGACACGCCGGUACGUGAAGCUGGGCAACCUUAUCCCGGGCCCGGCCGCCUACCCGCUCAUCGGUAACGCCAACCUGCUGCUCGGCAAAUCGCACAAUCAAAUCAUGGAGCGGGCGAUGGAGCUCAGCUACGUCUACGGUACGGUGGCGCGCGGCUGGAUCGGCUACCAUCUGGUCGUCUUCCUCACCGAACCGGCCGACGUCGAGAUCAUCCUAAACAGCUACGUCCAUCUGGAGAAGUCGAGCGAGUACCGCUUCUUCAAGCCGUGGCUCGGCGACGGUCUGCUGAUCAGCUCGGGCGACAAAUGGCGCUCGCACCGCAAGCUGAUCGCGCCCGCCUUCCACCAGAACGUGCUGAAGACGUUCGUCGACGUGUUCAACGACAACAGCCGGGCGGUGGUGGAGCGCAUGCGCAAGGAGGUCGGCCAUGGCGAGUUCGACUGCCACGACUACAUGAGCGAGGUCACGGUUGACAUCCUGCUCGAGACGGCCAUGGGCUCGACCAGGACGAGCGAGAGCAAGGAAGGCUUCGAGUACGCGAUGGCCGUCAUGAAGAUGUGCGACAUUCUGCACAAGCGCCAGCUGAAGAUUCACCUCCGGUUGGACCCACUGUUCAAUUUGACCGGCGUCAAGAAGGAACAGGAACGGUUGCUGCACAUCAUCCACAGCCUCACGCGCAAGGUGGUGAAGCAGAAGAAGGCCCUGUUCGAGCGCAACCUGGCGGAGGGGCGCGGUUUACCAUCGCCCUCACUCUCCGAGAUCAUCGGCCAGGACGAGAAACCGGGCGAACAGGCGAAGGCGAAGGGGAAGGUCCCGAAGGCGCCGGUUUCCCCCGACAGUGCACCGGUCUUCAUCUCGCAGGGUUCGAUGCUGCGCGACGAUCUGGACGAGAACGACGAGAACGAUAUCGGGGAGAAGCGGCGGCUCGCCUUUCUCGAUCUGAUGAUCGAGUCGGCCAAGACGGGCGCGACCGCGAUCAGCGACGAGGAGAUCAAGGAGGAGGUCGAUACGAUCAUGUUCGAGGGUCACGACACGACGGCGGCCGGUUCGAGCUUCGUCCUCUGUCUGCUCGGCAUCCACCAGGACGUGCAGGAGCGGGUGUACGCCGAGCAGCGGCAGAUCUUCGGAGAUUCGCGUCGCCCGGUCACGUUCGCCGAUACGCUCGAGAUGAAGUACCUCGAGCGUGUCAUCUUCGAGACGCUGCGCAUGUACCCACCGGUUCCGAUCAUUGCGCGCAAGCUCAACGAGGACGUACAGCUGGCGUCCCGCAGCUACACCGUACCGGCCGGGACGACCGUCGUCAUCGGUACGUACAAGAUUCACCGGCGCGAGGACCUCUACCCGGAACCGGAGCGCUUCAACCCGGACAACUUCCUACCGGAGCGCACCCAGGCCCGCCACUACUACAGCUACAUCCCGUUCAGUGCCGGACCGCGCAGCUGCGUCGGACGCAAGUACGCGAUGCUGAAGCUGAAGGUGCUCCUGUCGACGAUCCUGCGCAACUACAAGGUCCUCUCGAAUGUGCCCGAGAAGGAGUUCAAGCUGCAGGGUGACAUCAUUCUCAAGCGCACCGACGGUUUCCGUGUGCAGCUCGAGCAGCGCGCGUAACGCCUGCCCAGCCUGCCAGCCAUCCCUACCUACCUACCUACACUACCCUACCCUACCCUAGCCGGGAUCCUAGCGGAGGCCGGAUCUGUAGAUUUCGGGCGCUUAAUUGAACUGUCAGAUACGGGCGCGCGCGACCAGUCAAUCACAACUCCUCCGGGGCCAGCCAACCAUUAACCAACUAGCCAACCAACUAUCACUCCAUUACUCCGCCGCCACUCUGCUCGGCGCGCCUGUGCGUAUGUGUGCUGUGUUUGUGUGAUUUGAUCCUAUUCCGAGGGUAAAAAAAAAUAGUCGAGAAUAAAGCGAACAUACUGA